UUACCUUUUCAUGUUGAUCAGGUAACAAUGAUACUAAACGAGGUUCUAAGGCUGUAUCCACCUAUUAUUGAGAUGACUAGAAUCAUUGAGGAAGACAUGAAACUAGGAGAAUCACUUCAUUUGCAAGCUGGGACAUCAUUAUCAUUGCCCAUUCUAUUGUUACACCAUGAUAAAGAGAUAUGGGGGGAAGAUGCUAAAGAAUUCAAGCCAGAGAGAUUUGCAGAAGGAAUAUCCAAUGCAACAAAAGGUCAUGUCUCCUAUUUCCCUUUUGGUUGGGGUCCGAGGGUUUGCAUCGGGCAGAAUUUUGCUUUACUAGAGGCUAAGAUGGCAGUGGCGAUGAUUCUUCAACGAUAUUCAUUUGAGCUUUCUCCUUCUUAUGCCCAUGCUCCUUAUCGCAUCGUCACUACUAAGCCUCAGUUUGGUGCUCCAUUCAUUCUGCAUCGACUAUAG